AUGGCGGCAGCGAUGCGGGCGCGGAGGGCGGGCGCGAGGAGCGGCGCGGCGCGGCGCCCGGGGGCCGGGCGGGCGGGGCGCGAGGCUGCCGCCAGCCGCCCGGAGCCGCUGUCCACUGCUGAAGCUUCGGCCGCCGGCGCCGCGCUGCCGGCCUGGAUGCGGCUCUACUUCUACGGGAUGCACGGGAUCACCCUGGACGUGCUGGUCUCGGCCCGGCGCUUCGCUCGCAGCCCGGACCUCCGGAUGCUGGGGUUCUCCUCGCCCUACCGCUGCCUGCUGCACUCGCUCACCCACUUCGCCCUGGAGAAGGUCUACCUGCAGCGGCCGCGCUGCCCCAGCGCCUUCGUCUUCAACUUCCUGGUCUACCCGUCGGCCCACGUGGCGCUGCAGACCCUGGCGCCUGCGCGGCGCGCGGGCGCGGCGGGGCCGGGCGCGGCGGCCGGGCCGCUGCGCUGGGCGCUGCAGUACGUGCUGGCGCUCUACCACGGCCAAGUGUUCCUGACGCGCUUCCUGCGCCUGCGGUACCGGCGGCCGCCCGAGCUGCGGCCCCAGCCCUGGCCGCGCGCGCCCCCCGCCGCCCCGGGCGCAGGUGGCCGGCGACGGCCGCCGCGAGGCACGGGGGCGUCGGCGGGGCCCCCGCUCGCGGGCUGCCGGACCCGCUCCGCUCUCCUCUUCUUCGGGAUGCACGGCUUCCUGGAUGAGAUCUUCUUCACCUUCUUCUUCAACUUGCUGGGGCAGGCGCACGGGCCGGCCAGCGGCCACACGUCGCUCUGGUCCUUCUUUAUGUACGGCAGCUGCAGCCUCGCGGUGGAGAGACUCUACUUCCACCUGCGCCGGAGCCGCGGCUGGAGCGCCUGGAGGCGGGUGCGCGUGUACGUGACCUUCAUCUACGCGUGGGAGCUGAGCUGGGGCCUGGGCCUCCGCACGUGCGGCGCUUGCUCCUGGGACUAUUCUCACUACCCGCUCAAUUUCAUGGGCCUCAUCACCCUCAUGUAUUUACCUGGUUGGAUAUUCCUUAGUGUGUACCAGGACCUACUUUUCAACGUGUUGUGGCGGGUUCAGUACAUACCGACUAUCUAA